ACAUCGGCGCGUUUGCGCUUUAACCGCGAGUGCUAAGAAGCGUCCACUCGAAUGUGCUGAGGCGUGUGGGAUGCAGCGUGGUAAAAAAGAAAUUCAAGUAGCCGAAAGGAAAACUUUCAGAUUAUGCCUAGCAGCCAUGCCUCAUCAACAACUAGAUGAAGCGUGCUGGAUGGAAUUCUAGUCUCGCGUAAGGGCUACCUUGGCUGGGGUUUUUUGACUGCCACAGGAGUAGCUGGGAUGUUGCGACAGAACAGCAGUGGCAAUAAACGCACUCUGGGUAUUCCACGACUAUCCAGCUCGAACUUCUUUCCCCAAUCUGUUGGCACAGGGAACUGGGUUAUGGGCCGUGGCACCAAGAGCAAUUCUGUGAGCAGCAUAAGUUCAAAUUCUGAUUGUCUUGAAAAUCCAGUGGUGGACCCUGAAUACAUAAUGCAGCUGGUCAAUGAUGUCCGCAAGUUUGCUGAUGUGCUUCUCCGUCUUAAGGAUGCAUUUCAUUCGGAAGAAACUCAGGACUGUUUGCAUCAGGUGGUCCAUGAGAGGCUGGGAGAGCUACUCCGAGUACUCAGGACUGUGAUCAGUAAGCAUCAGACCCUAAAUUCAGUGGAUAUCCUCAGUGCAGCUGGGACUGUCAUUGCCAAAGUGAAAGGUGUUAACUACAAGGAGGUAAAUGAAGACAAUAAACUUGGACUUUAUGGCGAAAUUUUUUCAUCUAUAGAUACAUUGGCUUUUACUUUUGGCAAUGUAGUGUCUGAUUUCCUUAUGGGAGAUGUAGACAGCGGUUCAGCAUUGGGGAUUCCCCAGACAAGAAGAAGUCGGUCCUUUGAAAGCCUUUCAUUGGAGCAAGGAGGAAUAAUUUCGGAAAAGGAUGACAUUCAGGGGCAUCUUCGUGCCGAAGAGCUUGACAACAUGCUGCUCAAAAAUGAUAGUGGGAUCGAAUCUGCUCUGCUGUAUGCUAAAGCCUGGUCUAAGUAUACCAAAGACAUUUUGGCUUGGGUGGAAAAACGCCUUAGCCUGGAUAUGGAAUGUGCAAAAACAUUUGCAAAAAUGGCAGAAUCUGUCAAAACUCUUAUCAUGCAACAGGAGCACAUGCCAUUCCGUGAAAUAUACAUCUCUGCGUUUGAAAAUGACAUUGAAUCUAGUCAAAUAUUAUUGCAAACGGCAGCUGCACUUCAGACUAAUAAAUUUAUGCAGCCUUUGUUGGCAAGAAGGAAUGAGCUAGAUAAACUGCGUAAAGAGCUUAAAGAGCAAUGGCAGAGAGAGCAGAAAAAAAUGCAAGAAGCUGAUUUAGCUUUAAAAAAGGCAAGACUUCUGUACACCCAACGCCAUGAAGAAUAUGAAAGGGCAAAAUCCUCCACCAUUCGAAUGGAAGAAGAACAGCUAAGUUCAAGCAUAGGGGCCACAAAGGACAGCAGUAAGCAAUUGGAAAAGAGACGGCGUAUUGAGGAAGAGUCCCAACAGAGGGCCGCUGAAGCCAGUGACCAAUACAAAGCUUGUAUAGCAGAUGCCAAUGAGAAAAAAAUUGAUAUGGAAAAUAGCAAAAGUGAAAUCUUAACACAGCUUCGUGAACUGGUGUUUCAAUGCGACUUAACUUUGAAAGCGGUAACAGUCAACCUGUUCCAGAUGCAGCAGGCACAGGUGGUCUCCCUUCCUGUGAACUAUCAGACACUUUGUGAGAGCGCCAAGCUCUAUGAACCUGGAGAGUGUUAUUCAGAGUUUGCUAAGAGUCUUCCAAAGGAAGAAGGCACAUUGGACUCCUGUUCCUUUGAAGCUCAAGGAUUGCAGAUUGGAGGACUGACUUUUGGCAAAAGGACUGAAAACAGUGCACAUUCCUCACAUGGAAACCUGUCUCAGAUGUCAGUCACUUCAGCAGAUUUUCAGGCUGUCGAUGAUGUGGAAAGUCCAGUACACUUGCGCAAAGAAAAGAUGGGCAAUAAAAGAUCAUGCAGUAGUACUGACAUUCAAGCGCUAAAGACCCAAGGUCCUCUCCAAGUGUGGCCAGUCAACAGUCAGGGAGGAGGAAUGUGCAGUGAUUCAGAGAGUGCCGGUGGCAGCAGUGAAUCUCGAUCUAUGGAUUCCCCAAGUGCCAGUCCAGGGGACUUUAAACGGAGGCUCCCAAGGACUCCUUCCACAGGUACUAUGUCCUCAGCUGAUGACCUUGAUGAAAGGGAGCCCCCUUCACCUUCAGACAAUGAUUUAAAUGAAAUUCCAUCAGAAAUGACAAGCUCUCCAGGACCUUUCAGAAAUGCUCUAAUGUCUAAAGCCGCACAAACACACAAGCUAAGGAAGCUGAGAGCCCCUUCAAAGUGCAGGGAAUGUGACAGCCUUGUUGUAUUCCAUGGUGCAGAGUGCGAAGAGUGUUCUCUUGCAUGUCACAAGAAGUGUCUGGAAACCCUUGCAAUUCAGUGUGGUCAUAAGAAAUUGCAUGGGCGUCUUCAUUUGUUUGGCAUUGAUUUUACUCAAGCUGCAAAAAACAACCCAGAUGGGAUUCCUUUCAUCAUCAAAAAGUGCACAUCUGAAAUUGAAAACCGAGCUCUGAACAUUAAGGGCAUCUAUCGUGUCAAUGGAGCAAAAUCAAGAGUAGAGAAGCUCUGCCAGGCAUUUGAAAAUGGGAAAGACUUGGUGGAGCUUUCGGACCUGUAUCCACAUGACAUCAGCAAUGUUUUGAAGCUCUACCUCCGACAGCUUCCGGAGCCACUAAUUUUGUUUCGUCUUUACAAUGAACUGAUUGGUCUGGCCAAGGAAAGUCAGCAGGUUAUGAUAGAUGAAGUGGAUGGUCAAAACCCUGGAUCAGAGAAACCAGCCGUGAGCAUCCAGUUAAACAGAAUAAUUUUUAAGAUUAGAGAUCUGCUCAAACAACUUCCUCCUGCUCACUACAACACCCUGCGUUAUCUCAUAAGUCAUUUGCACCGAGUUGCAGACAAAGAAGAGGAAAACAAAAUGAGUGCCAGCAAUCUGGGAAUCAUUUUUGGUCCUACAUUAAUUAAGCCCAGGCAGACUGAUGCGGAUGUUUCCCUGUCUUCCUUGGUGGACUACCCCUAUCAGGCCCGAAUUGUUGAGCUUCUCAUCACACACUUUGAUAAAAUGUUUGAUGUCUCCUUAAAACCUCUCCCUUCGUCACCUCCCGCCGGCGAGAGUUCACCAUUACAACUGAAAAGCCCGAUAAUGAGAUUAUCGGCACAAGACAAAGAACAGCAUCUGAAGAGACACUCAAAAUCGUUAGUGGACAUCAAAGAACAAACUUCCAAAGUCUAUAAAAGGCAUUCUUCCAUAAUCCCAUCCAGUCAUCUGAUAGAUGAAAUGAAAGAUGUCAGACACACAGUGGAUAGAAGUGACUCUUCAAAUGAAGGAACUGUGGGUCAAACAGCAGAGAAAUUCAAUGGUGUCUGUACAGAGCCAAUUUCUGAAGAAAGUCAGAAGGCUAAUUUUGCUCUUGGCAAGUCUGAUAACUCCAUAGCAAAGGUUCAGAUGCGGCCUUUGAGAUCUAAACUAGUUCAUCGACCUAUAAGCAUGCCCAUUGAGCGUCUAUUGAACCCUUCUCAGAUGAAUGAGAAAAAUUCAAGAAACUUGAGUCAGAGUGAAAGGAGCCCUACAAUUGAGGAAAACGUGGAGACAACCAAGGUGGUGUCUGUAGCUAACAUAUACUGCCGAAAAUCGUAUUAUGAUACACAAACAUUUAAAAAGCCUAGUGUGAAACCAUACCGACAUUACAUAACUACUCACAGGACAGCUAUGAUAAUGGCAAAUGUUCCCCAGGAUCUCCAGCCAGAAGAAGUACCUUCAACAAUUGGUUCAAAUUCAAGCGCUUUGCAACCUAGGAAGCCUUACACCAUUGCAGUUCGCCCAAUAAGGACAGCCAAUAGAGAGGAUAUAUCUUCAGAAUUGAACCUUGUUUCCUCUGCUUUGAGAGCUCCACGGACCUUACAGCCACCUCCAGGGACUUUCUAUAAGCCACCUACAAAUAAUCCUGUCAAGGAACCAGUUGAACAAGUGCCAGACAUUCCUGACGCUACAGUAAAUUGCUCAGAGGACAAGCCUAUAGUUGGAGAACCUUUGCAAACGGACUGUGGCACAAUGUCCGAUAUCUCGCCUGCCCAGCCAUCUUCUCCUAACUCUAGCCCAGAGGAGUUUAGCCAAAGUGAAGCGAAGCCUGUUUAUCAAAGACUGCGGUCCAAGCGUGUACAAGAAUUUGAACACCGGGAAGCUCAUUUUGUAUAAUUGCUGUCGAAGUCUUUUGUGUAUUUGUGUUUCAAGAAUGCAUCUAUGUGUAUGUGUGUCUGUAUGUGUAUAUAUGAUGCACACACCCUUUGUGCCAUACUGUAUUUUAAAUGCUUUUUAUCCCAGUGACAAAGUUUUAAAAACUGAAUAACUUGGCCAUAGAAAGUGUUAAAGUUCUAAUAUAUUCUUUUAUAAUUUGUGAGCAUUUUUAUGCAACUGUGGGGAUGAUUAGAGCAGAAACAGCUCAUACAUUAAAAAAGAAAAAUGCACUUAGUUUAGAAUCUUAUUUAUUAGUUUGUUUUUUUUAAACACUUAGCUGCUUUCUUCUAAGUUUUUCUUUUAAAAGAUGAACAGGAAAAAUGGACUAUAAUACAAAGAAUUAUACUCCUCUGCUAAGAAAACUACCUUUUCUUCAUUGACUGUGUAUUGUACAUUUUGAACAAACAAUUCAUAGGACUCAUAAAUUCUGUAAAGAUAUAUAAUGUCUCUCUUGACCUCCAAUUUUUUCUUUAUUUUUAAAGAAAAACUGUGCAAUUUUUUUAUUACAUUAAAAACAGUGUUCAGUAAAAGAUCACGGUGUAAUUGUUGUAUAAAGUUUUGCUUGUGUAUUUUAUUGCAGUAUAAUUAAACUCUUAGAAGUA